AUGCAACAUGAUGCAUUCGAGGCAGAGAACCAGGAGAAGCAGGUUUUAGUGGAUGGGAAUGAUGAGUGUUCGGUGUAUGUUGAAGGUGGUGUGGUGUGGUGUGGUGUGGAGAAGGCGGCGGAUGGAAUGCGCUCGAAACGUAAUGCAGCACACCAAGCCCGCAAACGCCUUAUUGUGACGCGCAAAGGCAAACAACCAAUACGAUCCCCCCCUCCAUCUCAUAUCCAAACCGAUACUUCACAUCACAACACAUAUUCAUCCUUCACCAAGGAGCAUCGGAGAAACAAUGUUAACGAAGAUGAAGAUGCUAACGAUAAUGAAACUAGUAUGGGCGUUGAUGGCGAGACAGAGUGUGAUGAGACGUUUGGUCUGUGCGAGAAAGAUGAGCAAAUGAUAUUCAAUGAGAUGACGCGUGAAGAUGGAGAACAAACACAGAGGUGUUGCCUGUGUGGAAUAGUGCUUCGUAACGAUAUCGAAUAUGUUAAUCAACAUAUUGAUGUCUGUUUAGAAAACUAUGCGAAAAGAUCACGAAAUUCAAGAUCCUCACCAACGUAUACACAAACUAUAGCAACCAACUGUAAUAACGUAUCAGGUGAGUACGAAGAGUACACCUGGGCCGGACAAACACGUGUAAGGACGGUGUCUUUGGUCGAGGGUGGUUGGGCAGCUUUGCGCCUAACACCAUCACACGCCUGCUCCGAACGACCUCAAACUCACGCUGAUCACGAUGAAAUUCUAAAUGUGGACGUUGUCGAUGACGAGCAUGUUUACGGUCGGGCCCAGUAUACGGAGAGCGACAUCAUACAAAUGACUAAUAUUAGCGAAGAUGAAGUUGCCACUCGCUUAAGGGAAUUGGUUGUUGGAGGUCGAAGAAAUGGCAGAUCAAACCUUUCAAAUGGGCGUACAAAGAGGGAUAAGAAGAAAGAGUGUGAUAUUACGGUAGAUAUUCCAGCAGAUUCCAGCCUAGUGGAAGAGUCACUUAAAGCACGUAUUCGGCAACUGGAAUCGCAAACCAACAUUCCUCGAUGCUUAAUCUGCCUUGACACUUACGACACGCCGCUCACAUCAAUCAUCUGCUGGCAUGUACACUGUGAAAAAUGUUGGUUGCAGUCUUUAGGUGUGAAGAAGGUAUGUCCGCAAUGUCAGAAGAUUACAUUACCAGGAGAUUUAAGGAGGGUGUAUAUCUGA